GCCGCCGCAGCCGCCCGGGAGGAGCUGGGGGAGGACGGUGGCUGGCGAGGCUCGUCGCAGACAACGCGGCGGCGAUGUCCGCGAGCCAGGCGAGUGCCGCGGCGGCAGCGGCGGGGCCUCGCACGCGGCAGGGCGGCCUGGGCUUCGGCCUCCCUCCGGUUCCCAGGAAGCGAACUGGCGGCCAGCGCGGGAGCAGCAGCAGUAGCAGAGGCGGAGGCUCCGGCGCGUCUGUUGCCUCCCCUUCAGUCUGAGCCGGGGGAGGCCAGGCGGCCCGGGUGGCUGGAGGGGGGGUCCGCUGCCCAAGAAUGGGAAUUCUCUUCACCAGGAUAUGGAGACUCUUCAAUCACCAGGAGCACAAAGUUAUCAUUGUUGGGCUGGAUAAUGCAGGGAAAACUACCAUCCUUUACCAAUUUUCUAUGAAUGAAGUUGUACAUACAUCACCCACAAUAGGAAGUAACGUAGAAGAAAUAGUGAUUAAUAAUACACGUUUUCUAAUGUGGGAUAUUGGUGGCCAAGAAUCUCUUCGGUCUUCUUGGAACACUUACUAUACUAACACAGAGUUUGUAAUAGUUGUUGUGGACAGUACAGACAGAGAAAGGAUUUCUGUAACUAGAGAAGAACUCUAUAAAAUGUUAGCCCAUGAGGACCUACGGAAAGCUGGAUUGCUGAUUUUUGCUAAUAAACAAGAUGUUAAAGAAUGCAUGACUGUAGCAGAAAUCUCCCAGUUUUUGAAACUAACUUCUAUUAAAGAUCACCAGUGGCAUAUCCAGGCAUGCUGUGCUCUUACUGGCGAGGGAUUAUGCCAAGGACUUGAAUGGAUGAUGUCACGACUUAAGAUUAGAUGAUCUCUACUGACCUCUCCUCAUAGACUUUGUAUAAACGAAGUGCUGGACUUUACCUGAAAGCUGCAAAAAUUAAUGGUUUAGAUAUAUUUAUAAUAAACUGACUUAAACUUUUUCUAUCAGAAGAAAAAUUAAGACCACUUAUUUGAAAACAAAGAUGAAGUCUCACUUUCCAAUCUGCUUUCUCAUUAGUUCCUUCCAAAGCAAGGUCUUUAAAGCUGUGAUUGCCAUUUUUCUCAUAAUGAAUCCUCUCAGGACAUUGUGUAGCCUGUGGUAAGUACAAAGGGAGAAGACGACAUUUUUCACUUUAAGAGCUUUAUUAUCAGUAUAACCCUCCCUAGUUGAAUGUGUAUUCUCUUCGUGUUCCAUUAAGUCAAAAUACAAAUCACAGAUACUCAGUUUCCAGUACUUUAAAAUGUAAUGUUAAUUAUGAGAAGUAUUUUGCAUAAGGUUGUGUGUAUUGUGUAUAUACCUCAAAUUCAAGUUUAUGGCUUUGAUUAUGUUCU